CACCUAAGUGUUCUGCAAAGAUGAAGCAGCCUGGAUUGAGGGUGUCCUGCAGCACAUAUUACUUCUUCUUCUUCAUCGGUUUCUAUGUCACAGGGGUUAAUACAUGGUCUGCAACGUUAAGCCAGACUCCGUCAUCUCCUAUCCGAUUAGUUAAUGAAACUGUAGAAAUCUGUUGUACCGUCAAGGGAGAAACCAUUGACCAACUGGGACUUUACUGGUAUAGAAGGACCAAGAAGAAUGGAGACUUAGAGUUUAUUGUUAGCGCUCCAAGUCAAUUGGAAAAAUAUUUCUAUGGCACCAACAUUAAUGAGAAGAAGUUCCUAAUGAGAAGAGCCUCCAUCCGUGGUAGUUACUUUACCCUCCAGAUAACCGGCCUGGAUCAUUCGGACAGCGGGGUCUACUACUGUAUGGCCGCGGCAUCAGUGAAGUACACAUUUGGAAAUGGGACAAAACUGACUGUGGUUGAUUCUCUACCUGAAACUGUGAAGCCGGUCACAAAGAAGCCGCCGUGUAAAUGCAAGAAACAGAAAAUCUCUAAGACAUCUCCGCCAGGUGUGAGCUGCAGUCCUGUGAUCUGGGCCCCUCUCGCAGGAGUGGCCCUUAUGCUCCUGAUAGGCCUUUACCUGUUGGCCUCUCAUACAUACCGCGUGUACAGGAGAACAUACAUGUACUUCAGAAAGCAUUCUCCAAAGUAAAAAAAACGAAAAAAAACUGAAAGCUCCACGAACCCUGAAGUCGUAUAGAAGACAACUGUCACAACAUGGAUCUCAUGGAUGAUAAUAUGUAAAUAUAUGUUAAUAUAUGGAACUUUUUAUAAAUCUGAGACCAUUCCCAUCUGACGCCCUUCUGAUCUUCUCUUACCUCAUGGUUACCAAUUCCAUGGACUCUCCUGGGCUGAUAUUUUUUAGCCUGGUAGUCUGCUCAUAAGGAUUUAUACAGGAAUACAGUUCUUGACAUGGACAACAUGGUCAGUGAUUACCAUACCUGGACCCAAGAAGAGAUCUGGACACAUCUGGAGACCAGUCAACAUCUUGUCUCUCAUUCAGUCUCUUGCUGAAAUGCUCGUCCUGUGCCACUGAAACAAUCUAUUUUACCUGCAUCUCUUUGAUGAUGUCAUCGUUGGCAAUUCUCACUCACCUUUUAUUUUCAUUAGUUUUGGACUUAUGGGGUCAUUUACGAAACUGGUGUAAA